AUGGCAGAGCCUGCUAGAGUUCUAGACAACAAGGUUGAUGAGGUGCAGGAAGACAGAGAAAUGGAGCAGAAUGAAGAAUCGGUGGCAUCGCAAGAAUUGCCAAACUCGAUGUUUACAGCUGAGUUGAACCUCCUUAUUGUGUUUCUCUCAUUGUUUUCUUUAUCAACCGAAGAAAGCUUAAACUCUGUAGAGAGAGAGCCAGAAAGAAGAAAAGACGGAGCUAAAGCUAUCAAGGUAUUAAAAAAGAAAAGACGGGAGAUAGACGAGGUCAAGCCGGUCCGGCGACGAACUCAAAGGUUUCAAACAAGAGUAAGGGAUUCUAGGUUAGUAGUCUCCUAA